AUGUCCGCGGCCAAGUCUUUCCGCCAACUCGUCGGCGCCCCGCCCUCCACUGCGUCGACCAAGGACUCGGUUCUCGUCAUCAUUGACGCCCAGAACGAGUACGCCAAGGGACACCUUGCCGUCACCAACACUGAGACGUCACGCCCAGCCAUUGCGGCCCUGCUGGACAAGUACCGCGCCGGCGGGGGCCACAUCGUCCACGUCGUGCACCAGGUUCCCGAAGGGGCCCCCGUCUUCACACCUGGCACUGAGCUCGCCGAGGAAUUCGCCGAGCUCAAGCCUGCCGACGGCCCCAACGAGACAAUUGUGGUCAAACAGUUCCCUGGCUCAUUUGCCGCUACCAAUCUCGAAGACAUUAUCAAGAAGACGGGCUUGAACAAGCUCGUGCUCGUCGGGUACAUGGCCCAUGUGUGCGUCAGCACCACGGCGCGCCAGGCUGCUCAGCGAGGCUAUGAUGUGCUCAUUGCUGGCGACGCUGUCGGUGACAGGGACAUUCCCGGCGCCACUGGUGCCGAGGUGACCAAGACUGUCCUGCUCGAGCUCGGUGAUGCGUUCGGAACUGUCAUUAACAGCGCCGACGUGCAGCUUGUCAAGUAG